GGCAGCCCAAGAUGGCCGCCGAGCCGGGCGGCGGGCGCCGCUGUGCUCCUCCUCGGCCGCUGCUCGCCGCGCUCACCGCCGCGCUGCUGCCGCUGCUGCUGGGCUGCGGCCGCGCCGCCGGCCUCUCCCCCUCUUUCUCCUCAUCGUCCUGUCAGCACCGCGCGCCCGGCGGCGGGGAGGUGGUUUACCGGGUUCCUCUGAGGGAAAGCCGCGUCCUGAAGAGAAGCGUGGAUCAGCAGCUGAGGAUUAAGAUUAUAUACGACAGGAGCGUUGAGGGUUUGCUACCGGAGAAAAGACACCUCAUAAAGAACAAACUUUUCCCACAAGCUAUCUCUUACUUGGAGAAGACUUUCCAAGUGCGCAAAUCCACAGGUACUAUCUUGCUAAGCAGGCAGUGUGCAACGAACCAGUAUUUGAGGAGGAAGGCUGACCCUCACAGGUACUGCCGAGGGGCCUGUGCCAACCACACGCGAUGUGGGCCAGUUAUUGUCCCGGAAAAACACCUCCAGCAAUGCAGGGUGUACAAUCAGAACGAGCAGCUCUCCAACGUACCUGACCAGGAAGGGGUUCGAGAUGCUGAUUUUGUCCUUUACGUCAGCGCUCUCACCACUGAAAGGUGUGGCCAUGAAAAUAUCAUUGCGUAUGCAGCCUACUGCCAACUGGAAGCUGAAAUGGACAGGCCGAUAGCAGGAUAUGCUAACUUGUGUCCAAACAUGAUCUCAACACAACCUCAGGAAUUUGUUGGCAUGUUGUCCACAGUGAAACACGAGAUUAUCCAUGCACUGGGUUUCUCUGCCGGACUGUUUGCAUUUUACCGUGAUGAUGAUGGAAAACCUUUGACAGCAAGAUAUGCAGAUGGACUCCCUCCUUUUAAUGAAAGCCUAGGUUUAUAUCAGUGGAGUGAUAAGGUUGUUCAGAAAGCAGUAAGGUUAUGGGAUGUACGUGGUGGCAAAAUGCUUCGCCAUGCUGUUUAUCUUCUGACUACACCUCGUGUUGUUGAAGAAGCUCGGAAACAUUUUGAUUGUCCAAUCCUAGAGGGAAUGGAGCUUGAAAAUCAAGGUGGCAUGGGCACUGAGCUCAAUCACUGGGAAAAGAGGUUGUUGGAGAAUGAAGCUAUGACUGGAUCCCAUACGCAGAACCGAGUCUUCUCCAGGAUCACCUUAGCAUUAAUGGAAGACACAGGCUGGUAUAAAGCAAAUUACAGCAUGGCGGAGAAAUUGGAUUGGGGCCGUAAUAAAGGCUGUGACUUUGUAAUGAAGAGCUGCAAGUUCUGGAUUGAUCAAAAGAAACAGAAGAGGCAACUCAUCAGUCCAUACUGUGACACUUUGAGGAGCAAUCCUUUGCACUUAACCUGCAGACAGGACCAAAGAGCAGUAGCAGUGUGCAACUUACAGAAGUUUCCAAAGCAGUUACCUCAGGAAUAUCAGUAUUUUGACAAUCUGAGUGGAGUUCCAGCAGAAGACCUGCCUUACUAUGGUGGCUCAGUAGAAAUUGCUGACUAUUGUCCCUUCAGUCAAGAAUUCAGUUGGCAUUUAAGUGGUGAAUUUCAACGCAGCUCAGAUUGCAGAAUCAUUGAAAACCAGCCGGAUCCCACCAAAAACUAUGGUGCAGAAGAAUACGGACCGAACUCUGUAUGUCUGAUUCAGAAAUCAGCUUUUGUCAUGGAACAAUGCAGGAGGAAGCUCAGUUACCCUGACUGGGGUAGCGGAUGUUACCAAGUUUCUUGUUCUCCACAAGGGCUGCACGUUUGGGUCAAGGACAGUGCGUACUUGUGCAGCCGCUCAGGUCAGGUGUUAACCGUGAGCAUUCAGAUGAAUGGCUGGGUACACGUUGGGAACCUGAUCUGCCCAGCCUGCUGGGACUUCUGUGACUCCUGUCCCCCAGAACGGGAUCCUCCAGCUUUGAACUUAUCGAGAGCUGCAGCAAUUGACUUGUGCUCCUGCUCAUCUAGCCUAGUCGUAACCUUUUGGCUGUUGAUGGCUAACUUAAUUCCCCUGGUGACAGGAUUCUUCCUCUGCGCGUAGCUCAAGCAGGGAGCAAGAAGACGUUCCAAGAUGAUGCACCACGGUGUUGCACCUCUUACUGUGGAGCCCUGAGUUGUUUUGUCUCUGCAGGCAGCUGCCUUCUCCUGAGCCUCAUCUCUCCUGGCGAGUAGUGGUGCAGGCAGUGGGAGGAGUGCAGGGAGGUGCUGACUACAGCAGCCAGAGCCUGAGAGGUGGAAAAUUUACCUUGUCAUCUCAAUAAGUGCCAGUAUUUUCCUGAAUUGCAACCCUUGGUUUUGACACGGUAACGAGAUCGCUGUGCCAGCCUUCCUGGAGGCUUGGUCAAGAUUUGAAACGAGAACUCUGCUGUGGUAGAAUUUGGGAUUGUGCUGGGUUUUUUUGUUAGUUUGUUUUUGUCUUCAGUGUGACUGGUAGCAAAGCAUCCUCAAACUGGAAAUAUACCUCAGUGGUUUAGCUGAAAGCCAUGUGAAAAUCAGUUAUCAUCACUGCUAAUAACUCAGACCUAAGCAGGUAGGGGAGGUUUCUGUCAGUUCUUACAUUUUACAGGGAAAAAAUAAUGGAAUGGAAUUCCCAGGUGUUGGGAAUUGGUUCUGAAUUCCUCAGCUUUGAGGCUUCUCAGAAUUCAUGUUGUCUUACGGUAAAGCAUCUACCUGGGGUUCACUUAAACCUUCAUAUGUGCACUGAGUGGAAUUUCAGAGUGACAACCAUGACAACUGUCCAGAAAUCACAUCCUCGUUCAGCAUGUGAAAUGGAAGGUGUGAAAGAUUUGGAUGUUUUUAAAGUAGUUUGCUAGACAAACGCAUUUCAGUACUGGUUCUAGUCUGUAAAAUUGGGCUAGGUUUUCUGAUUAUUUUUAUUUUUUUUCUUAAAUAAUGGCAUUAUUUUUUAUUAGCAUGAGCAUUAAUACGGUUGUUCUCACUUUUUGUUGAAGGGUAAGCCAGUCGCUAUGGCAGCUAUCGUUUUACAGAACCAUGUUGACUUCUCUAAGCCAAAAACCGUGUUGAGUAUGUAAAGAAAAGUCUGCAGUCUGUCUUCUUCCACCCUUCUUUCUUGGACCUGUAGUUGAUAGUUUAAUUACUCAAAUAAUUGGCAUUUGGAUUAUGUUAGAGAAUCGGACACUUUGAAAUACACAAGGGCAUACCUUGGUACAAAAUUCAUCUCUUGGGGGACAAAAUCUGCUUGAGGAUGGAAAUGAGCAAAGCCUGUCUCACUGAGGACAGCUGCUCUACGUGACACUUGUGAAGAUGUUUUUCUUCGUUCCUGACCCUACAUAAUGUGUUACUAAUAACACCUCUUAGAGCAAAGGAAACUCCUUGUGGUCCAACCCCGUUAUCAGUCCUGCUGCAUAGCUCUCAUCUUUGGAAGGUACUAAACGAGGGAGCGGAUGUGCCAAGUGCACUAAAAAUACAAAGAUGGGGAGAAAGAUGUUACACCACUUCUUUAAGGCUUGAUUCCUUUCUAAAAUGAAAGGUAGGGGGAUGGAAGCUACGAUUCACGUUUAAUAAUAGGACUUCCAUUGUACUUGUAAGGACACUAAAGAUUAUCUUUGUGCCUAACAUGUAUUUUUGAGACACUUUAUGACACUGGUGAGGUGAGUAAGCUGCAACCUCAAGCUGUCUGAGGGUGCGUGGCUGAGAGAGUACCUUGCACUGGGCUAGUUCCCCUUCUGAACUGCAGGUUGUGCACGGUUUGCUUUGAGGUAGACAAGGCCUGGUUAGCCUUAAUGGGUGUUUCUGAGAAGCAAUACAAAUUAGGGAUCAAAUGCUUUAAGCGUGCGCAAGUUUGAAUCAAGAAACACUCAGAUUAACGAGCAAACACUGGUAACUUUAAGAUAUGCACAAUCAACAGCUGGUAUAAGUGGAUUCCUUGAAAACAUAAAGGUUUGAGAAUAUAUCUUUGGCCCCAGAGGUUGGUGUCGUGUCUUUUGUCUGUUGUGCAAUAAUACAGUUGAAAUGGUAUCACUCAACAGCAACGCUUUUUUAUACUUGAAAAGAGAUUAUUGGUUAUUUUUUCUUACUGUGAAAUAUUUGCACUGUUGGAACUUUCUGGUUAACUUUAUAACUGUAAAACAUUUCUAAUGGUGUUAAUUUAUUGCACUUGGUAUUUGAUAUGCUGGUCUGUCCGUGUAAGUGGAAUUUGUUAUAUUUAAGUGAAUAUUUUUUUAUCUUCUACCCAGUUGUUUAUCUCGAGGGCUUUUUCUUCUCUCCUCCUGAGCACUAACUGAAAACUGAAAGAUGGCUUAAAAUGUUGAUGCUUCCCUACUUCUGGAUCAUCGGGUACGUUUGGGUAGAGAAAGGCUGCAGUGCGUUGUACCUACAGGGCGCAGCUGUCGGUGUGCUUGUAGUCAGGUUCAGCCCUACCUGCUGAGUAGCUGCAUCAGUGCAUCCAGUGAAGUAAAAACUAUUAACGCCUUAAUAAUCUGAGAUUUCAGUUGUAAUUUCUUUGACGUGCAGCCCUUAAAGUGGCCGUGAACUGCGGAAUUGGAAGCGACUUCAUGGAGUCGGGCGGGCAGGUUGAAGCGGGAGGAAUCCAACCUGUUCUGUGGGUGAGCUGGCAGCAGAGCCCGUGUUGGAGCUGCCAGGGGACAUGUCAGGUUCACUUUAAAGUGGCAGUGAGUUGGUGGCUGUCAAAGGGAAUAUCUGAGUAAAACUGCCUACCUCAGUUCUGUUUGGCGUUGAGUGCAGCUUUUAGCCUGCUGUUAACUUGAGUGGCUUAAGAUAAGUAAAAACACGUCUCAGGUUUUGAAGAGCAAAAUACACGUAGUAGGAAGCAUAAGCCAUUUUUUUGGUGUAGAACACAGCUAAAACUGUAGCUUAAAACAAUCAUCUACAUAGCCUUAAGUAUGGUUUCCCCAGUAAGAGUCUGUAUUGGCUUGAAAUAAAUCCCAUGUUUGCAGGCGGCUGCUUUGGGUUUCCUGAAUGUGUCGUGGCCAGUCCAUAACACAGCAGCUCCUACAUAUGAGACCUUUGAGAUACGGCCCAAACAAGCUUUGCUUUCACCAGGGUAGUUAGUGUUAUUCCCUGGGCUUUUGCUGCCCUAGGAAAUAACUGGAUUGGCUUCUCUGCAGCCAAAACGUUUCCAGUGUGCAAUGUCCACAGUUCUAAUGUUAUAAAAGCAUGUUCUGUGUUUCCUUAUGGAAGUAAAUCAGACAUCUUUUGUUGUCCCAGUAGCUCAUAUUUAUAUACAUAUAUAUAAUAUAUUUCAUUUAGAGGUCGAGUCAAGUCAUGCUGUAGGAACUGAUUUUUCUCAUGUUUCAGUUAUGAGGAGGGAGGAGAACUUUUGGCUGGAGUACAUGCUGAGUAAAUGACAUAGAGAAGCAGGCUGCUCCUGUCCCUUGAAAUGUCUUGGAGUUUUGGGAGACUGCUAUGUGUAUAGGUUAAUGACUGGAACAGAACUUUGAUGCUCAUCAGUUGGCUGUUGGUGCAACUUAGCUCAUUCUUUUUGUUAUGCACUACUCAACUAGGAAGACCGGUGUCAUUUAAGAGCAAUCCGUUGCUUAUAAGGGACUGUUGUUUUAAACCUUCUUCCUGCUCAAAUACGUUUCAGUAGAGAGGGAUGCACAGGUCCUCCCUUCCCCACGCUUCCCAUGAAGGGCUGUGAGCUGAGCAGGCCCUGCAGGAGCCUGCAGCCAGGUUUGGCUCAGCCCAGGGCUUGGCUGGACGCCUGCCUGUGUCGCUCUUUGGGGCCAGGGUCUGUGCUGUUACAUUCAGUGACGCCGUCUUACACCAUCAGGCCUCCAGAGUGUAAGUGUUGCCUUCAGAAUGUGAAGCUUCCCUUGGAGAUAAAAAAAACAACUGUCUUGGGAGAACUGGCUGACCUUGAAUAUGUGUUUCCUAUUUUGGUACAGAAUGUAAAUACAGAACAAACUAUUUUACAUAGAUUUUGACUGGGUUGAGAUAUAAGGGCUAAUUUUUGUUAUUUAUGAAGUGGAAGUCUCCUAAUUUUACUGUGUAAAAGUGUCAUACAAAAGAAGGAAAAGAUUAUGUUCAUCAAUAAAAAUGUCUGUAGAAAACGAA